AUGGCUUCGCACAACAGCUUCGACAAUCAAGCUCUAGCCGUGCUUGACCGGCACCCCCAAUCACCCUCAUCACCUCCAGUCGACUCCUCACCCAACCUCCUGAAUGCGACCUCCUCAGCCCACUUAUUUGCUCAGCCCGUUCUUCCCCUCAACCUGCGGCCUUCAGUGGACGACUACAAGACGCCCCCUCCCGUCCCACCCCACCAGAACACUGCGGCCUCCAGCACCACCGCCACCACCACCACUACCCUGGCCACCGUCCUUCAACCCUCGUAUUCCGCUAUCAAUUCCUCAGACUGCAUCCUCAUCGACGGUCAGCUGCAGUCGGUGGAGGGCGUCCAGAGCCUAGUGGCUCAUUUACGGGAGGAGAUCGCUCUACGCAACACCCAGAUCGCCCGUCUGACAGGCGAGGUCGAAAGUCUGCGUCGCAUAGUAGGCGACCGCGAUCGAGAUGUGGAUCAGCUAAAGUCGGUGCUUGACCAAAAGUACAUCCCGAUGGUGGCUGUAAACGGCACCAAUCACAGCAGUAGCAGUAGCAGUAACAAUAAUGUUGCCAACACCUCGGCGGGCGUGAGCGCGGUCGAGGAGGGCAUGGAGUACGGGGAGGGCGGUGUGGCACCCCUUCACAUGAUGUCCUCAUCCCAGCCCACUACCAUGCCCCCCGCACGCAUUAAGAAGCAGGGCGUGUGCGGGGAGAGCGUUUCGCGCAAUGCCAACAUCGGAUUCAUUCAUUAUGAGAAGGACCAUAACUCACGGUCGUUGAUUUACAACGCGAUUACCAGCAACGAUUUCCUCAACAACCUGGAGCAGAGCCAGAUCGAGGAGAUUGUCCUCUGCAUGUACGAGAAGCGCGUCAACAAGGGCUGCUUCAUAAUCCGCGAAGGGGAGCCGGGUGAUGCGCUCUACGUCACUGCAGAAGGCCUACUAGAAGUGCUGAAAGGCAAUCAGGUUAUUGGACAAAUGGAGGUGGGUCGCGCCUUCGGUGAAAUGGCCCUCCUCUAUAACUGUAACCGAACCGCCUCGGUCAAAGCCCUUACGAACGCCAAGUUCUGGACGCUUGACCGAAGAGUCUACCAACAGAUAAUGAUGAAUUCCUCUGUUCACAAGCAUAAGGAAAACUUCCAAUUCCUUUUGAGUGUAUCAGACUUUAAGAACCUAUCACAAAGAAAGCUCCAUAAGUUGGCAGACGUUCUGGAACUGAUUUACUACCCGGGUAACGAGUACAUCAUUCGUCAGGGCGAGGUUGGUGAGACCUUCUUCAUCAUUCACUCCGGUCAGGUAAAAAUCACUCAGUCGAAAGUACCAGGCGAACCGCCACAAGAUAUUCGUUUUCUUGGGGCCGGCGACUGGUUUGGUGAACGCGCGCUCUACACACGAGAUAAACGGAGUGCAAAUGUUGUCGCCAUGCCUCCUGGUGUCCACGUUCUCUGUCUCGAUCGGAGCAAUUUCAUUCAUCUUAUUGGGGACUUGAAUGAAAUCAAAUCUCGCGAAUACGGCGAUUCCAAUCAAAGUCUUCUUAGUCAAUCGCCGGCCACAGACGUGGAGGACUCCUUCAGUUCGGGGGAAAAGCGUGCGUCAAUGACCUCGCAGUUGUCGACGGAGGAGAGUGCAGUAGGAGGAGCAGGGGGGUCGGGGGUCACGAAUCUCUCGCCCUUCUUCUCCACCGUGCCCCAUGCACCCUCAAAGCGUGGCUCCAGUGCAUUGGCGGAGAGAGACACGGGCGUCGGCAACGCCCGCGCCUCCGCUACGCGGGAGAACAUCAAGUAUGAGGACCUCGUCCCUGUGGCCAUUCUCGGUAUCGGCGGCUUCGGACGUGUCGAACUGGUGGUUUUAAGGUACGAUCCGACGAAGUCGUUUGCCUUGAAGUGCAUGAAAAAGAAGCACAUUGUGGAUACUCGACAGGAGAAGCACAUCUUCUCUGAAAGGAAUCUCAUGUUUGAAAUUAAGUCCUCUUUUGUUUGUCGCUUGUACGCUACUUAUCGAGACGCCAAGUAUGUCUAUAUGCUUUUGGAGGCCUGUCUUGGUGGUGAGAUAUGGACAAUACUUCGCAAUCGGCCUCUGGAGGGAUUUGUGUUUGUCUGUGGAUUGAAAAUUGAGGCUGUGGCGUUGUCUUUUCGUGAUGAUGCGGUUGCAUGUUACUUGCCUUUUAGUGGAAACUUUGACGAUAACAUCACUCGGUUUAUCGUGGCAAGUGUGCUGGAAGCCUUCACAUACCUCCACACUAAUCACAUCAUCUACCGCGAUCUGAAACCGGAAAACCUCCUUCUUGACGGACGAGGUUACAUAAAACUGUGCGAUUUCGGUUUUGCCAAGAAAAUAAGUCCGGGAAAAAAGACGUGGACCUUCUGUGGAACUCCUGAGUACGUCGCUCCCGAAAUCAUUCUCAACAAGGGCCACGAUCACUCCGCCGACUACUGGUCUCUGGGCAUCCUUAUGUUCGAACUUCUCACAGGAAGUCCGCCCUUCACGGGGAUGGAUCCCAUGAAGAUAUAUAACAUCAUCCUCCGCGGCAUCGACGCUAUCAUGUUUCCGCCAUUCCAAAUCAACCGGACGGCGACGGCACUCAUUCAUCGACUCUGUGCGCAGAACCCAGUGGAACGCCUUGGCUAUGGCCGUGGAGGCAUUGUGGACAUCAAACAACACAAAUACUUUCAGGGAUUCGACUGGAUUGGGCUGUGCAGAGGCACACUUCAAGCGCCAAUCCUGCCAAAGAUCUCGGGGCCCACCGACGUCUCAAAUUUCGAUCAUUAUCCUGAUAUCACAGACGUACCGCCAGAUGAGCUCUCGGGCUGGGAUGCGGAGUUCUAA